CAGGAAGCGUGAAGUAAUUGAGACAGUGGAAACCGUCGGUGAUGGCAAAAGAUUGAAUAGUGUCACAUUUGCCUCGUCAUUGCAUCUGACUCGGGCGAGUCAGCUUGGAUACCAUAUCCAAUGGUCGGCUUUGACCUUUUAGCUUCUCAGAUGGAUCGCUACUUGACUCCCCUGUGCCUUUCCCUCGUCUUAUAUGCUAUCUACAGGCGUUGCACCAGAACCUCUCUUUCUCGAGUGCGCGGACCUAAGUCCACGUCGUUCCUUUUUGGGAACCUUGCCGAGUUAUAUCAGGACAUGGCCGGUGAAGCAGAGUUCCGUUGGAAAAACCUCUACGGCAAUAGUGAGGAUCAACUUGUGGUUGCUGAUCCGAAGGCCUUGUCACGGAUAUUCGUCACCGCCGCAUAUCAAUUCCCAAAAGUACCAGAACGUCGAAUUCUGACGUUCAUGAUGCUGGGAAAGAGUGUUCUCUGGGCAGAUGGCGACGUCCAUAAGCGACAGAGGAAGAUAUUGAAUCCUGGUUUCGGGGGAGCUGAAUCAAGGGCAUUCUUAGUGGUAUCACAGGCUUCUGCCCAGGCUAUGGUUGCAAAGUGGAUGGAAUUCGUCGAGGCUGAUAAUAGUGGCAAGAUUGUAAUGGACAUCCCAAGCUGGGUCUCUCGAGCAGCUUUGGAUGCCAUAGGAGAAGGUGCCUUCGACGUCCGGCUGGGUAGCCUCGAGAAUUCGGAGAGCCCGCUGGCGAAAAAUUACCAAGGGUUGCUGCUGAGCGUCUUUGGUUCCCCUUCGGCGCUACAAAUCUUCAUUCAGGAAGCUAUCAAGUACAUUCCGACAUCGAUCCUCGAAUACUGGGUCAAGUAUGCCCCAGUCCCCCGAGCCACACGUCUCCGUGAAGCGAAGAAAGUCACCACCGCCACUGCAGCAACUAUGGUGACAGAGAAGGCAGAGUCUCUUUUGCAAGGGAAGGGGGGCAGGGAUAUUUUCUCGCUGCUUGUCAAAGCAAACAUGGACGCUGAGGCGAAGAACAAACUAAGUGAUGAGGAGCUAUACUCUCAGAUGCGCGUAAUCCUCUUUGCGGGACACGAAACGACUUCAAAUUCGAUCGGUUGGGCCCUGCUGGAAAUGUCCCGAGCUCCUGAGAUACAGUCGAGACUCAGAUCGGAGAUAAGGCAGCACAAGUCUGCCGUUCGCGCUCGUGGCGACACGCAGUUCACCGCGUCCGACUUAGAUAAUAUGCCAUACUUGAAUGCCGUCGUUAAGGAAACUUUGCGGUAUCAUUGUGUGCUGCCUCAGGUGUUUCGCAUGGCUAGUCAGGACUACCUUCUGCCACUUUCUCAACCAAUUACGACGGAAUCAGGCGAAUUAAUGCAUGAGAUCCUGGUUCCGAAAGGGACCCAGAUUUUAGCAUCUGUCGCUGCAUACAAUCGCAACAAGGACAUGUGGGGUGAAGAUGCCGACGUGUUUAAUCCGGACCGUUGGUUGGAUGGCAUUGCGAAGGACAAAAAGGAAGCUGCCGUUGGUGUAUACUCCAGCCUGUUGACAUUUGGAGGUGGACCCCGCGCAUGUCUAGGCUGGCGAUUCGCUGUCAUCGAGAUUCAAGCGUUCCUGGUAGAGAUUAUCAAUCAAUUUGAAGUAUCGCUCACAGAGAAAGCGAUGCAUAUUCGACGUGAGUCCUCUCUGGUGAUGGUGCCUACCGUGGAUGGCGAGGUUAGUCGUGGAGUUCAAUUACCGCUCGCCAUAUCCGUCGCUCCGCGGGAUGAUGACGCGUACUGAGCAAGAUGAUGCUUUUACCGGUGAUUCAUUGCCAGCUAUACUGUAGAUCAGGGAGAGUUUCAUGGAUUCGCGAUCCGCGAAUAAUUCUGCCGUAUGUUGCUUUUUGUUUUUCUUCAUUUGCAUAUCUCGUCCUGUUGUAAGAUGUCUCGUUCAACCACUUACAUAUCCUAUUCCUGAAUGCCAUCAGGGUUCAUGGUCUCUAAUUACACUGUAACCCCAGUUGAAAUAUUACCUACCAGCCCGAUGUACCAGUAUCCAACAUCUGACUGCCAAUCAUCACAUAAAGGCAAGUCUGCGAGUGGAAAAGACGGCACAUAGUAUGGAACCAAAAGUGCUGGAACCCCGACGUGUUAAAGAUUGAAUGGGCAGGUACAAACAUAGCAAUUGAGAUGGGAAUACAAGUGCUAUG